CAUACAUUCUUCGUUCUUGUUUGUUUCCUUGUUCUUUUGAAUUGUCCAUGGUUCUUUGUUCUGUAACAUGGAUUUGGAUUCAAAGUGCGACGCAUGGCCACUACCCGGAAUUGAGGAAGAUGAGUCUUUUACUUUUACAUGUGACAUGUUCUUCAUUCGCAUCAAUGUCGAUUUGAUUCAAGUACGGAAUGGCUUAGACGACGAGAUUGAACCAGAUGAUCUUGAAACCAGGUUUGUCAACUCCACAUGGUAUGUGCAACGUGAGCUGUUGAUGAACAAUGAAACAUCGAGGACUAUUGUGCGUGAGAAGCUGGUUGAGUUGGGUGUUCCAGUGGAAGGAUUCAUGGUUGAAAGGAUCUUGAACUGUGCGAGUAGCAUGGCAGGUGAUUGUGUUUAUUCGGGUAAUAGGGUUAUGGGUAUGUGCGUUUCUUUAUCUGCUUUUGUUGAUGAGUCUUCAGAGUUUGAUGUCAUGGAAGAUGAUGAUGAAGAUGGUGAGAUGGGUGCUUCUAGGUCUGCUAUUGAGAGAUUGGAGGUUGUGGAGGUUGAGGAAUCUGUGAAGCAAUGCGCGAUUUGUUUGGAGGAUAUGGUGGGUGGUUCCAGGGCUACUCGGAUGCCUUGCUUGCAUCUUUAUCAUGGAGUUUGCAUUGCUAGUUGGUUAGAGAAAAGCAAGCUUUGUCCAUUGUGCAGGUCUGAGAUUACCCAACUGUGAUGGAUUUUACGCCAUGUUUUUGAGCUUUUGAGUAUUUGUACUUCUGAAUUUGUGUUCAAGAAGGAUUUAUGUAUGCCAAUAAUGAUUUAUGUACAUUAGGUCUAUUGGGACAAACACUUAGAUUCGUAAGACUAUUCGGACCAACACUAGGAUCCAUCAGACAGCUGGGUCUAAGGUGCCUAGUUUAUGGGUUAUGUAUGUUUUGAUUUCUGAUAAUUUGCACUUCUGGUUAUAUAUUUCAAUGCUAGUAUUUGUUUGGUGGAUCA